AUGGCACCGAGCCUCUUGACCCUCAAGUCUAUCAGGCGACGAUCAAAAGCAAGCUUCAAAACAGAAAAGUCCGCCACAGACGCCAACGAUACCUCUAGCGAUGCAAGCAACGGCCAGACCCCAACCAGUGGCUCAUUGACCCCUCCCUCUCUUGCGCCGUCCGUGGCAGGCCAGUCGGAUCCCGCCCUGAACCACCAGCUGUCCAGGGAGAAGCUCAAUGGCGAUCUGUUGGCCCCACCAGUCCCUCCGAUUCCCCCUUUCCGUCCACCACUGCGUUCUGCUACCAAUGGUUCUGGUUCCAACCGGAACAGCGUCUCGGGCAUGACGGGGCUGGGGUCGCCGUCGAUGGGCGGCCGCGGGCCCUAUCCGCAACUACCUGUGUCGCCCUAUGCGCCCCAGAUUGAUAACAUUAGGCACGGAGCAUGGGUCUCUCAGAAGGUCCUCAUCAUCACGGGUGUGGUGCCCGGGCCGGGCGGGCGAGCCAUCGAUGGCGAGGUCACAAUUUCGCGAAUAGACGACGACUACCCAUCGGUCUCGUGGCCGGUGCACGACUGCCAGUUCAAGGCCCUCGUCUACCUCCAGUCUGGCCUCAACAGGCUGCGUUUCGACUUUGCCAGCCCCAAGCUCCCAAACAGCAACACAACGAAUCCGAUCCACUCUACGCAGCUCACCAUCAAUGUGAUGCCUGUCUCUAACUCUCCGCCGUUGCAGCUGGCUAUACUGCUGGCAAAGGACUCGCCCGGCACUUUCGAUGCACCGCCAGCACGGGCCGAGCGGGAAGGGAACAGCUUGGAGGUGGCCAUUCGGAAAUUCCGCAUGGCUGUUUAUCUGUGGCAGGCGUACACUGCCGAGCAGAUGUUCCGCAACAAGUUUGGCCGUCGCACCUUUAGGUUCGAAGAGGAGUGGACACAGGGCACGACUUGUUCCAGGGACCACGAAACCGGGCGCAUGCGCAAUGAGGCUCGGAUCCAUGUUAUCCGGAUGGACAAGACGCUGGCCGAGAUCCGGGACCUCAACAUUGCACAGCAGUACAAGGACGCUGCGGAUCAGGGCGGGCUGUUCCCGAUCGCAGCCGAGGCUGUGAGGAAGUACUUCGGCCUGAAGCCAGGUCAGCAGCAGUAUGUUUCUUGCAUGUUCCUGGACAGCCAAUGGGACCCCAAGGAGAAGAUCAUCCGGGGACAUGCUGCGCUUGGUAGCUCCAGCGGAGACCUGAAGUUGGCGAUCUUUGGGUCGCACAGCCUGCACAGUUACCCCACAAUGCUGGAGGAGGUCGUUCCGGCCUUCACCGACUGCACUCCCACGGACACCAAGUAUGUCGCCAACGACUGCAACGAGGCGGGCAGCUCCUGGGAGAACGCCAACAUCGGAAUCGGUGCGCACCUGCACGAGACGGGCCACCUCUUCGGCUGCCCACACCAGGCCAAUGGCGUGAUGCUCCGAGAUUACGUCUACCUGCACAGGUCCUUCGUGACCCACGAGGCCUACUGCACCCGGACAAAAUCCAAGGGCGGGCCUGUCGCUCAGGCAGAUGAGUGCACAUGGCACCGCCUCGACCUGUUGCGCUUCCGGGGCCAUCCGUGCUUCUCGCUCCCUAAUGACCCGCCUCGGCACCCCGACGAUUCCGUCCAAGCCUGGCCUAUGGAGGACGGCAAGGUGGCGAUAACAGCGCCAUCUGGCAUAUCCUUCAUCGAGAUUUAUGGCGACGGAGACGACCUGUGCACGACGUGGAUGGAGUGCCCCACCGAAGGCGAACAGAUCAAGCGGCAGCUCGUGGUCACAGAGGAUGACCUUCGGAAGCGUCUCCCCGAGAACAAGCGAAAGGGCAAGAUAAGGCUGUCCGUAAAGUCCCACAGCGGCGGCGACCUGGAGAUCGAGGAUGUGCGGGCCCUAUGUGGGAAGGAAAGCAAGCUGACGGUCGGCAAUGCCGUGACCGGCUGGACGGCGUACCGUAGCAAAAAGUUCGGCAUGAGCCAGAUGGACGGGACUCAGCCGAUCGAAUUUGUGUUUACGAGCGCCACGAAGCAGGAGAGGGUGCUCAGCCGGAUUGUGUUUUACCACGGCGCCGCAUUGGAUGGUAUGGAGUUCAUCUAUGACGACGAUUCGAGACAAGUAUUUGGCAAGGUCGGUGGCAACGUGCAAGUCGGGGUGUUCGAUCUCGACAUCCGCAAGGGCGAGUAUAUUUCAGGCUUCCACAUCCGCUCCGGCUUCUGGGUCGACGGCAUCCAGGUCCUGACGAGUUUGGGCAACCGGUCGCCUUUCUUUGGUAACGCCCACGGGGGAGACAUGCACACCCUCAUCCCACCUUAUGGAUACAACAUCUGCGGCGUGUGGGGAACCUGCGCUCAGUGGAUUGAUGGCUUUGGCGUCAUCAUACGGAAGUGA